UGUCUUAUCCCCGAUAGGUUUAGCUGUCUUCGUGGCUCGAAGCCAGCGUCAGUUAUGACCAACAAAGACGCGAAGAGUAUCAACGUCAUCGCUUCUGCACCUUCGCCGGCCUUGGACACGCCUUUCUGCGUACACUUCACUGGUCACCGCACAACCUUCUUAGGGCAGAACAAACAUGGACAAGAAAGAUUGGUCGUAUAUCUGCCUGCCAUAAUAUCAACGGACGCCGGGCUUUCAAGCUCAUGUUUCUCGGGCACUUUGCUUUCAAUGCUGCGUACUCCAAGGACACAAGCCUCUGCGGGCAGUUCCCAAAGCGGACGAAGGCCCCUCCUGGCCAGCUCACACUACCUCUGCCUUGGGCUGACUGACUCCCACUUGCACCUGCAAAUUUCGCCUUGUUAAUCCACAUUUCGAAAGCAAGGAGCAAUGCGCAGUGGACAAGUCGUUGCCUGCUGUUGCGCUGUCAUCGUCACCAUAGCUCUUUCAUCCGUGGCAUCCACAUUGCCUGAAAGAAAGAGUUACCUCUCCCCGUUUCAAGAUGCUUGGAAGACCUUUCUUCAGACCUCCGUGUUCGUGCUGUACCAGAGAUCGUUCGAACGUGACCACCUUGUCGGAGGGGACGGCCAGUGCUUCCAUGGCAGAAACUACGAGUGGAAUCACGAAGAAAAAUACUCCCGCGCCGAGACGUAUUACUGGGACAACGCGACGGCAAAAAUUGUAAGGACGCCUGUGUACUUAUACCCUGAAGCAACCCCAGGAUAUGAGGUACCGAAUACAAUGACGGUCUCUCCCUACAAAGGCAAGCUUGUAUCCGUCUACUAUCCAUUCGUGGUCUCUGAGUAUGACAACUGUGAUAUACUCCGUUCUCCGAGGCACGACAAUGGCUGCGAGCUCUGGGUCACCCGGCAAGGGGUGCAGAACGUCAGCAGCGCCUGCCUUUUCAUCUACGAUCUCUUAUGCGGACCUAACAAGUUUCAAAAGUACGAUGAAGAAUUCUGCAGAGAUAAAAUUCAGAUUACGUAAUAAAUGCCUAAUGUCUCAC